CCGCCCAUCAGAGUAUUGACGGUGUGUGGCGCACGGCGCACAGCGUGGACUUGGAGACGUCUUGGCAGUAGACUAUUACGCACGACACGAUAAACACGAAAGCCUCCUUUUUGAGGGAUAGGACACUGAAGCUGAACUAGACUGACUUUCAACUUCUGAUUUAGAAAGCACUUCUGCGGCCGCCUCUUCAAGACAUUUUUCCUGUCGGCGGAUGAGACUCGGAUCCUCUCUUCGCAGCAGCAGUAGUUUCUGGAUGACUCCCCCCCCCUCUUAUCCCCGGGUCACGGCGACUAUAGAGGAAGAGAAACGAUGUAGCUUGGGGAGAAAACAAACUCAACAGAGUAACAGUUUUUUUUAGAUCCCUCAAAGAGAGGAUGAUCCCACCUGCCAAUAUGAUUCAGGACGAAAGUGGGGGCAAAGAGGACGAACAGGACCCGAAUGAGACACCCAAAUCCCCGACAGCGAACGCCAGCCAGCAGGAAACCAAGAAUACUGUGAGGCCUGAACAUCAGAAGCACAAGCUGCAGAGACUCAAGCGCUCCUUGUCCUUCAAGACCAAGAGCGUCCGCAGCAAGAGUGCGGACAACUUCUUCAGGACCAGCAGCGACAACAAGACAGAGCUGCUCUCUGACGUGAGCAGCAGCACGGGCCAUCUCUGCAACAUCGGGAUGGCCCCGCCGCACACCACCAACCACCCCAUCCCUCCGGUCCCUCCAGCCAUCCCCAGCGCUCCUCCUCCCACGUCGCGCUCCCAGUCACGCAACCCGCUGCAGGUGGACUCGGCAGGACACUGCUUCAUGGAGCACAUCUUCAAGAAGCCGACAUUCUGUGACGUCUGCAACCACAUGAUCGUAGGUACAACAGCUAAGCAUGUGGUGUUCCUGGCGGGAAACACUGCAAAACACGGCCUCCGCUGCAAAGCCUGCAAGAUGAGCCUGCACCACAAAUGUGAGAAUGGAGUGGGACAGCAGCGCUGCAUGGGCAAACUGCCAAAAGGCUUUCGCCGGUACUACAGCUCUCCAUUACUGAUCCAGGAACAGUAUGGCUGCAUCAAAGAAGUCAUGCCCAUCGCCUGUGGCAAUAAGGUGGAUCCCGUGUAUGAGGCCUUGAGGUUUGGGACGUCGCUGGCACAAAAGGCCAAGAGGGCCAGCGGCUCUGAGUCUCCACAUGGAAACUCGACCAGUGACUUGGAUAAGGUUCCAGAGGAAGUGGUGGCUCACAGCAGCAGGCAGGAGCUGUCGAGAAAACACAGCGAUGAUGUUUUCACAGUCAUUGAGAAUGGGACGGAGCAUUGCCACCAGCCAGGGAGAAAACCUGACGAUUUGCAGUUGGAGCAGAGCCAGCUACAGAAAGACGUCCUCAAGCUCAACACCUAUGUGGCCUUGCACAGCUUCACUGCCCAAGACAGCCAUGACCUAGAGAUGAGCGCUGGGGACAGAAUUUUAUUGGCUGAUGACUCCAAUGAUGACUGGUGGAAGGGCGUAAUUGAGGACAGGAUCGGUUUCUUCCCAGCAGCCUUUGCUCAUCAGGUGCAGGCGGGGGACCAAGUGUUCAGGUGUAACAGGACAUUUAUCGGCUGUAGGGAACAAGGCCAGAUCACCCUGAAGGAGGGACAGAUCUGUGUGAGCAGUGAGGGCGAACGCAGCGGCUUCAUCAGAGUGGCGAGUGGAAAGAGGAGAGGCUUCGUGCCCUGUGACGUUCUGGAAAUCAUCUGAGACAAACACUUGGAGAAAUGAAGAGAGAGAGAGAGGGAGGAAGAAUCAGCCGCCUGGAGGUCAGAGGAGGAGGAAGCUGAACCUACAUAAUGGCUACCAGAAACCAGCGAGGGAGUUUGCCUCAUCAGAAAUAGAGUUUGGACUUAAAAGUGAUGCUGUUUUUUUCAAUGAGAACUCCAAUUUCAAGCAUCUCCACACAGAGAGAGAUGCUGAGACAACAGAGCGUUUGUUGUUCGCAGGGAGACAGGAGGUCACUGUUUCACUGCAUCUGGUUUAAUUUUUAGAGCCGAUGUGCGUUCUUUUUUUCCCCCCUUCAUUUUUAUUCUGCUACAAGCUGUAUAUUUUUUGAAACUGCUGGCUGGAAACAAACACUUACUACAAUGAUUGUUUUCAAGGUUUCAAUACAUACAAACGCUUCCUCCUGCAAACAAUUUAGUUUCUGAAGCUUUUUACAUUAUGCUCCAAGCAAAAGUUGAGCUUUUAUUGCAAAGUAGUCAGCAAUAGGCACCGAAAUAUCUGAUUAUUUUGGAUGACAAAACCCUGACACCAGAAGGUGAUAGAAAAAUUGGAUGAGAAUAAGGUACAAGGUGGAUUUUAAAAAAAUCAUUUUACAACACAGUUGUAUAACAAGAUUAAGUUGUAGUUCCCUCAUAAAAGCAAAUGUUAUAGACAAAAAUAAUUGACAGUAGAUUGGUGGAUAUAUAAUAAGGCAUGGACAUAAUAUUUUACAUGUUAAGGAUCAAUUGACGAGUCCCAGCCUGGGAAAGAAGCUGCUCUGUGGUCUGACUGCAGAUACUUCUGUAUCUCUUGCCAGACGGCAGCUCUUUGAACAGGCUGUGGCUGGGUAUUAUACAAUGAAAAUAGAACAUUUACUUUCUUUGAAGCCUCAAAUCUUCCUUAAAAUCUCUCAAAAACAAACUUCCUGUAUAACUAGAGAACAUUUACAGUCCUAUGACAGAACUAAAGAACAGAUGAGAAACAUCAAAGCACAUCAGAUGCAACAAAGAGACGCGGGGGAGGAUUUUCAAAGGAGUGACACAAUCAAAGACUUCUGAUAUUCUCAGUGGUCUUCCAAAAAUAUCGCCCUCGUACUCCCCAGGUUUAUAGUGUCUCACUCACUGCAGUCCAGGAUUUUACUUAAUGAUGAUGGUAACAUUUACAUUUUUAUCAUCAUUAGAGUCAAAACGACUAUACGAGUUUGUUAUGUACCAGGUGUAACAUUUUGCCUUGUCUCCAUGCUGCAGAAUCUACCAGAUUGAUCUUUUAAGGCUUUUAAAAAUAUUUAUUUUUCAUUGAUUUAUUAAUUGAUUUAAUAUUCUCUCUUCUUGGUUGUUUUUGUCAAAGAUUUCACUGCUUCAUUGCUACAAAGCAGAAGUGGAUGAGAAGGUACAGCUACGAUAUAAUCAGGACAGUAAUGAUUUCAUCCUCAGCGCUCAUGUGAUCAGCUGGCCUGGGAUUGUAUGAUGGUGUCUGUAAGACAAUGAAACGUAAGAAAACGAUACAUUUCUAGUUAGCAUGUUAACUUUAAAUGUCAUCACUCGUGCGGUUUCCCUCAUUUCUCGGCACGGUACUGAACAGCUCUUUGUUCAGAUUCUAGUGAAGUGCAUUUAGGGAAAGGUGUUGCAUCAUUGUAGAUAUAGUAUAUCUUAUACAGGUUGUUCUGCACUGAAACUUGGCUUUAUUGAAUGUCCAAGAAUUCUACAUUGUACAUACUGUACAUACAAGAUUAAAGAUCUUCUUUAUCACAA